CCCUCUCUCCCUCCCUCUCACCCGUGCACUCCCUCUCUGCGCUCCUCAACCGGGCUACGGGAGAAUCGAAGCUGAAUCGUGGAAACCAAGAUGCGGGUGGUCGCGGCCGCGGGAGUCGGUGUGCUGUGGGCGCUGCUGGCCACUCUGGUGCCCGGCGGCGCGUCGGAGCUGGUGCAGGAGCAGGUCAAGGCCGAGUCCUCGCUGCUGAAGCCGAAGGUUAUGAUCGCCAUCCUGGCUCGCAACGCGGAGCACAGCCUGCCGCACUACCUGGGCUGCAUCGACAAGCUGGAGUACCCGAAGGAGCGCAUAGCGAUCUGGGCGGCAACAGACCAUAAUGGGGACAACACCACUGCCAUGCUGAGAGAGUGGCUGAAGGGAGCCCAGAGUGUCUACCACUACGUGGAGUGGAGACCCAUGGAGGAGCCCAAGUCCUACACAGACGAGUGGGGUCCGAAGCACUGGCCUCCCUCCAGGUUCAACCACGUGAUGAAGCUGAGACAGGCGGCACUGAAGGCUGCCAGGGAAAGAUGGGCCGACUAUAUACUGUUCGUUGACAGUGACAACCUGCUGACGAACCCUCGUGUGCUCAACCUGAUGAUGGCCGAGAACCUGACUGUGGUGGCUCCCAUGUUAGAGUCUCGCUCUCUCUACUCCAACUUCUGGUGCGGCAUCACCCCACAGGGUUACUACAAACGAACACAAGACUACCAGCCCAUCAGGGAGUGGAAGCGACUCGGCUGCUUCGCCGUUCCCAUGGUGCACAGCACCCUCCUUGUAGACCUGCGGCGUGAAUCCAGCCGGGACCUGACCUUCUACCCCCCUCACCCAGAUUACAGCUGGGCGUUCGAUGAUAUCAUGGUGUUUGCUUUCUCGGCACGUCAAGUGGGUGUGCAGAUGUAUGUGUGUAACAAAGAACACUACGGCUUUCUGCCUGUCCCGCUCAAGGCCCAGCAGAGUGUGGAGGAGGAAAGGGAGAGUUUCAUACACACAAUUACGGAAGCUUUGAUUGAACACGACAUUGAGACCUCAGAGCACUUGAAGUCUUCUCCAUCGCCGCAGGACACGAUGGGCUUUGAUAACAUUUUGCUGAUCAACCUGAAGCGCCGGCUGGACAGAAGAACCAGGAUGCUGAAAUCCAUGGCCUCGUUGGGUCUACAUGCGACGCUGACUGACGCGGUGGAUGGCAAGGCUCUGAAUACGUCCCAGCUGCAGGCCCUGGGGAUAGAGAUGCUGCCGGGCUACAAGGAUCCUUACUCCGGUCGAGUCCUUACCAGAGGGGAGAUCGGUUGCUUCCUCAGCCAUCACUCUAUAUGGACACAGGUGAUAGAGCGUGGCCUCCAGAAGGUUCUUGUUUUAGAGGACGAUGUGAGGUUCGAGCCCUGGUUUAAACGACGGAUACAGGCCUUAAUGGAAAACAUCGAUAAAUCCCAGCUGGACUGGGACCUCAUCUAUGUGGGACGUAAGCGUAUGCAGGUGCAGCAGCCGGAGCAGUCGGUGGACGGCAUAAACAACCUGGUCAAGGCCGACUACUCCUACUGGACGCUCGGCUACGCGCUGUCUCAGCAAGGAGCCCGGAAGUUAAUGGCUGUACAACCGUUAACCAAAAUGCUGCCUGUGGAUGAGUUCCUGCCAGUCAUGUUCAACAAACACCCCAACACCGAGUACAUGCUGCAGUUUGAGCCACGGGACCUGAAGGCCUUCUCCGUGGAGCCGCUGCUCAUCUACCCCACCCACUACACCGGAGAGCCGGGCUACAUCAGCGACACGGAGACCUCCACCAUCUGGGACGACGAAGCUGUGUCCACGGACUGGGACCGGCAGCACGACCGCAAGACGGCACAGCAGGGCCGCAUCCUCUCUGUGGCACAGAACAGCGUCAGCGGAGACUCGCCGCCUCCUGCCGCUCGAGCGUCACGUGACGAACUCUGAUAGAGGCACUCACAGUAAAAGACUUGUGUUUAUGAAUAAGCCGUGUACACUGUGAAAGUCAUGUGUACACACACUUGAAAAGACACUUGAACUACAAGCCGAGAUUCUAACCAUGCAUUUACACACACACACACACACACACACACACACACACACACACACACACACACACACACACACACACACACACACACACACACACACACACACACACACACACACACACACACACACACACACACACACACACACACACAAACAGGUAUCCAAACGGAUGACAGAGAAUUCAGAUGUCAGUCUAAUCUGCUGCCUGAUGAGUGGACACUGAGGAGCAAAGGGAAGAGGACGAAGAGCAGCAGCUUAUUCCUCAUGUGCCUUCAAGCAUGUGGAGUGUGGAGCUACAGCCUGAGAAAACUCAAGCAACACAAUUCGCUGGACAUGAAAGAUUCUCACAAAUCAGUUUUACUAUUGUUUCAAACAGAUUGUGGUUAUUUAAAAAAGAACGGAUGUGUUUUUAAUGGACAGCUGAGGAAUAAAGGAAUCUAAACACCGUCUGAAAACAGCUGUGGGUGUGAAGCUGUGUGUUUGUGCAUGUGCGAGCGUGCACACAGACACAAAUGUAUGCAUCUAUCUGAACAACUGGGGAUGUUCAGCGCAGCCUCUUCUUUCCAAGCAGCAGGCCAGUAAUGGAUGCAAUUAGGGUCCAGUGUUACUGUUAUUGCAGAUUUCUCACCUUCACAGCAGGCUGGUCCUGCUGGUAGUCAUUUCAGAGCAGCUGUCAUACAUUACAUGUAGCCUGUAGGGUGUGUGUGUGAUGUGCAGUUUCAUCUACUUCCAAUAUUUCUUAAAAACUGGAUUUUUUAAUUUUUCAUGUCCUCCACACCGGCUGUUUAUUUCCCUUCAGUUGUGGUGCCGGGCAGAACCAAUAAAACAAAUUCUUUA